AUGGCGCAAAUACCGCCCCAGACCCUGCAUAGGGACCCCCAGCUCUUCUACUGGAUCCUUAUCCCCAUCACCAUUGUCAUGGUCCUGACCGGUGUCCUUCGCCACUAUGCAUCCGUCCUCAUGGCCACGACGCCGAAAAAGGCCGACAUCAAGGCCAUCCGCGAGCAGCGUGCCCUCGCCCACGGCGCCGCGCUUCGGACCAACUACCACGUGCUGUCGCGCAAGUCGUUUGAGACCCGGCGAGACUUUCUCAUUGAGGGAUUCGAGUCCGGGGCCUACCUGAAGGCGCCGAACCAGAAGGGCCAACCGCCGGCGAACCCAAUGACGGACCCCAAUGCUAUGGAGGGCAUGAUGGGCAUGAUGAAGAACAAUAUGGCCAUGAUUAUCCCCAACACGCUGAUUAUGAGCUGGAUCAAUGCCUUUUUCAGCGGAUACGUCAUCAUGAAACUGCCAUUUCCCAUUACAAUCAAGUUCAAGAGCAUGCUGCAAGCAGGUGUCCAGACCAAAGACAUGGAUCCGCGGUGGAUGUCCAGCAUCAGCUGGUACUUUUUGUGCAUUUUCGGUCUGCAGUUUGUCUAUGUGUUCCUCCUCGGUAGUGACAAUGCCGCGAGCCAGAUUGCUCAGCAGAUGCAGGCUCAGCAGAUGCCCGUCGGCCCCAUGGCUCCCGGACAGGACCCCAGCAAGAUGUUCAAGGCCGAAGCCGAGAACUUGGCCGUCAUUGAGCACUACUCUGUCCUGGACGGCAUCGAGGAGCGACUGCUGGAAAGGAUCAAAGUGUAG